UGACGUGCACAUACAUGCCGACAAUCGGCGUAUUUUCAGGCUGUCUCUAACUCUUGGUGGCGCUGUUGUUGCGCUUUUUUGGGCUUAAUUCAGUGAAUUAUUUUCGCGACAUGUUCCUGGCUCCGGUGUAGUUAAGAAUAAGACCACCACUCCUAUAGUAUUAUUCUGCAGUGGUUGUGUGCAUGUAAGAGGAAUUUUAGCUGUCCGGAGAGCUCCUCGUGUACCUAGCCACUGAUCAUGGCCCGCAACCAAAGGCCACGUCAGCGAGGCAUCUUCGGCCUCCUCAAGCCAUCCGAGCCCAUGCUGUUCUCAUUCCUGCCUAACGGAGCCCAGGAGUGGCCCUCGGAUGAUGACGACAAAGACUCUGAUUAUGAUCCUAAUGGUUUAAUUGACUCGGACGAUGAUGAUAAUGAUAGACAGGCAUUGCCAUCGUCCUCCAAACGAUCUCCAAAAAACAAAAGGAAAACCAGUUCAUCGAAAAGAAAGGAAAAGACCUCAACAAAGCGGAGAGAAAAAGUAAGCUCAGGGAAAAAGCAAAACACAAAAAGGACAAAGAGACAAAAAGUGAUGGCUGCAAAAUCUUCCCCAAAAUCUGAAAGGAAAAACAAGAGAAGAAAAAAGGGAGAUCAACAAGCAAAGGCCGCGAGCUGUCGUACAGAAACAGAAGCAUCACACAGAGGAAAUGCUGCUGAAACCUCCAGGUCACAAGGUCAUUCGGGGUCAGUUUCUGAAGGUCAUCAGCUCUGGGGUCAAAGGUUACCUAUGGUUGCACUCCUGAACGUUUUUCAGUUUGUUGUGCGGAUGGAAGGAGCUAUUCCAUUUUUGUGCAGAGCGUGUCGAGUGUGCAGACUGUGGAGAGAGGGGGCCGUUCACUCGUCGCUAUGGCAACAGGUGGACCUUGCCAACGGCCGCAUCAAAUGCACAGACGCCACCCUGGAGUGGCUGGCAGAAAACCGAUUGUCACGUCUGACGUCCGUAAACCUUGGAGGCUGGGCCAAGCUGACCGAUGCUGGAAUCAAGGCCCUUGUGACUCACUGCUCCAAGCAUCUGAGGUGUAUCUAUCUGAAUGGCUGUAUCAAGCUAACUGCCGCAUCCGUCUGCUCAUUGGUUGAUGGCUGCCCAACGCUCCACACUAUUGACUUAUCUCAUACUAAUACAGAUGUUGUCAGCAUUACAAGCAUGACACACAUUCUUCAGACGCUAAAUAGUCGCUUGAGGCUUUUGAACCUUGCAGGCAACAAGCUGAAGGGAGCCCCAGGCAUCCUAAAGACCCUCAAGACGCACUGCAGUAACCUGAGAGCCUUGGACAUCUCCAACUGCAAGUUCACCUCCGAUUUUGUGAUGUUACACAUUGAGGAGUUACAGAGAGGCUGUCCGAUGCUGGAGGUCCUGCGGCUCGCUGGAUGCAUGGUCAGGGCCAGCCAAGUCUCCAACAAAGUCCAGGCAGAGUCGACGGGUUUCCCUGAGCUUCAGGAGCUCAGUCUAGCAGUCAAUACUGACGUCGUUAACGGCGGCAUAGCCAUAGAUGACAACAUGCUGCUCAGACUGCUGGUGAAAUCACACCAGCUCAAGCUGCUGGAUCUCAGGGGAUGCACCCACAUCAGUGCAGUCGGUAUCCAGCGACUUCCUGUGUACGACCUUCAGCACUUGUUCAUCUCACAGUGUUCAGUGUCUCGAUAUGAGGGCAUUGAAGCCAUUAUACACAAGUGGCAACACAGCCUGAUUGAGCUGGACCUGUCUUGGAAUGUCUUCCCAGCAAUGUCCCUGGACAUCGCUAUGAAGAAGCUCUCCAGUGUGCCUGGUCAGUCUGUACUCAGAGAUAUCAACCUUGCCGGCACGUCCAUUACAGCAGAAAGAGUCAGAUCAAUCUUGGAGGGUUGUCCCUCCCUCGUCUCGCUCCAUCUCGCCUCCUGCCGUGGCCUCCCGCGAGGGAUGAAACGCAGUUACCACGGCGACUCCUUGACGCAGUUGAAAGAAGACCUCAAAACCGCACCGGCCAGCUCAUUAGAAUACGUGGAAUAAUUUCUAGUAAUAACCUUUUUGUAUAAAAUUAACCCUUUCACUCCCAUGGGCUCCUUUUGGCACCAAAAGUCGACGCCACUUCCUUCCUUUCAGCACCAAGCCAUUCUGCAUUUUGCGAAAACGUAAAUAGCGCCCCCUCUCGACAAAAUGUCUCUUUGGCAAUAUACAUUGUGUAUAGUUAUAACUCCAUGGUUAAAGCAUAUCAAACCGACUACUCAAUUAUGUGAAUAUAAACAUUAUUCCUCCUGCUUCCGGUCCGGUUACAUAAUCUUGGUAAACACAUCAAGGGUAAUAAACAUGCAGGCGGUUUGGAAGUUCACAUAUUGUUUACAUUUGCAGGGCAAGCAAUGGGGUCUGUCCUCCAUUCACUCGUACCCCCGCCCUGCAAACAGGACGCUGGGAUACUCUGAUGAAUUCACGCUCUGAUUGGUUGGAUU